AUGCACCAAUGGAUACAUCGCAUGGUGCUGAAGCACCCAUGGGUGCAUCGGCGUGCGUCGACAUGGUGCGGAUGCACCCAUGGAUGCACCCUGAACUCCAUCACCCUGCCCCAUUCUCCCGCUUUCCAUCACCCCGCCCCAUUCUCCCGCUUUCCAUCACCCCGCCCCAUUCUCCCUCCUUCCAUCAUACCGCCCCGUUCUCCCUCCUUCCAUCACCCCGCCCCAUUCUCCCGCUUUCCAUCACCCCGCCCCAUUCUCCCGCUUUCCAUCACCCCGCCCCAUUCUCCCGCUUUCCAUCACCCUGCCCCAUUCUCCCGCUUUCCAUCACCCCGCCCCAUUCUCCCGCUUUCCACCAUCCCGCCCCAUUCUCCCGCUUUCCAUCACCCCGCCCCAUUCUCCCGCUUUCCAUCACCCUGCCCCAUUCUCCCGCUUUCCAUAACCCUGCCCCAUUCUCCCGCUUUCCAUCACCCUGCCCCAUUCUCCCGCUUUCCAUCACCCUGCCCCAUACUCCCGCUUUCCAUCACCCCGCCCCAUUCUCCCUCCUUCCAUCACCCCACCCCAUUCUCCCUCCUUCCAUCACCCCGCCCCAUUCUCCCGCUUUCCAUCACCCCGCCCCAUUCUCCCGCUUUCCAUCACGCCGCCCGAUUCUCCCGCUUUCCAUCACCCCGCCCCAUUCUCCCGCUUUCCAUCACCCCGCCCCAUUCUCCCUCCUUCCAUCACCUCACCCCAUUCUCCCUCCUUCCAUCACCCCGCCCCAUUCUCCCGCUUUCCAUCACCCCGCCCCAUUCUCCCGCUUUCCAUCACCCUGCCCCAUACUCCCGCUUUCCAUCACCCCGCCCCAUUCUCCCGCUUUCCAUCACCCCGCCCCAUUCUCCCUCCUUCCAUCACCCCGCCCCAUUCUCCCUCCUUCCAUCACCCCCCCCCAUUCUCCCUCUUUCCAUCACCCCACCCCAUUCUCCCGCUUUCCAUCUUCCCGCCCCAUUCUCCCUCCUUCCAUCACCCCACCCCAUUCUCCCUCCUUCCAUCACCCCGCCCCAUUCUCCUGCUUUCCAUCACCCCGCCCCAUUCUCCCGCUUUCCAUCACCCCGGCCCAUUCUCCCGCUUUCCAUCACCCCGCCCCAUUCUCCUGCUUUCCAUCACCCCGCCCCAUUCUCCCUCCUUCCAUCACCCCGCCCCAUUCUCCCUCCUUCCAUCAACCCGCCCCAUUCUCCCUCUUUCCAUCACCCCGCCCCAUUCUCCCUCUUUCCAUCACCCCGCCCCUUCUACCUCUUUCCAUCACCCCGCCCCAUUCUCCCGCUUUCCAUCACCCCGCCCCAUUCUCCCGCUUUCCAUCACCCCGCCCCAUUCUCCCGCUUUCCAUCACCCUGCCCCAUUCUCCCGCUUUCCAUCACCCCGCCCCAUUCUCCCGCUUUCCACCAUCCCGCCCCAUUCUCCCGCUUUCCAUCACCCCGCCCCAUUCUCCCGCUUUCCAUCACCCUGCCCCAUUCUCCCGCUUUCCAUAACCCUGCCCCAUUCUCCCGCUUUCCAUCACCCUGCCCCAUUCUCCCGCUUUCCAUCACCCUGCCCCAUACUCCCGCUUUCCAUCACCCCGCCCCAUUCUCCCUCCUUCCAUCACCCCACCCCAUUCUCCCUCCUUCCAUCACCCCGCCCCAUUCUCCCGCUUUCCAUCACCCCGCCCCAUUCUCCCGCUUUCCAUCACGCCGCCCGAUUCUCCCGCUUUCCAUCACCCCGCCCCAUUCUCCCGCUUUCCAUCACCCCGCCCCAUUCUCCCUCCUUCCAUCACCUCACCCCAUUCUCCCUCCUUCCAUCACCCCUCCCCAUUCUCCCGCUUUCCAUCACCCCGCCCCAUUCUCCCGCUUUCCAUCACCCUGCCCCAUACUCCCGCUUUCCAUCACCCCGCCCCAUUCUCCCGCUUUCCAUCACCCCGCCCCAUUCUCCCUCCUUCCAUCACCCCGCCCCAUUCUCCCUCCUUCCAUCACCCCCCCCCAUUCUCCCUCUUUCCAUCACCCCACCCCAUUCUCCCGCUUUCCAUCUUCCCGCCCCAUUCUCCCUCCUUCCAUCACCCCACCCCAUUCUCCCUCCUUCCAUCACCCCGCCCCAUUCUCCUGCUUUCCAUCACCCCGCCCCAUUCUCCCGCUUUCCAUCACCCCGGCCCAUUCUCCCGCUUUCCAUCACCCCGCCCCAUUCUCCUGCUUUCCAUCACCCCGCCCCAUUCUCCCUCCUUCCAUCACCCCGCCCCAUUCUCCCUCCUUCCAUCAACCCGCCCCAUUCUCCCUCUUUCCAUCACCCCGCCCCAUUCUCCCUCUUUCCAUCACCCCGCCCCUUCUACCUCUUUCCAUCACCCCGCCCCAUUCUCCCUCCUUCCAUCACCCCGCCCCAUUCUCCCUCUUUCCAUCACCCCGCCCCAUUCUCCCUCUUUCCAUCACCCCGCCCCAUUUUCCCUCUUUCCAUCACCCCACCCCAUUCUCCCUCUUUCCAUCCCCCCGCACCAUUCUCCCUCUUUCCAUCACCCCGCCCUAUUCUCACUCUUUCCAUCACCCCGCCCCAUUCUCCCUCUUUCCAUCACCCCGCCCCAUUCUCCCGCUUUCCAUCACCCCGCCCCAUUCUCCACCCCGCCCCAUUCUCCCGCUUUCCAUCAUCCCGCCCCAUUCUCCCUCCUUCCAUCUCCCCGCCCCAUUCUCCCGCUCUCCAUCACCCCCCAUUCUCCCUCCUUCCAUCACCCCGCCCCAUUCUCCCGCUUUCCAUCACCCCACCCCAUUCUCCCGCUUUCCAUCACCCCGCCCCAUUCUCCCUCCUUCCAUCACCCCGCCCCAUUCUCCCUCCUUCCAUCACCCUGCCCCAUUCUCCCGCUUUCCAUCACCCCGCCCCAUUCUCCCGCUUUCCAUCACCCCGCCCCAUUCUCCCGCUUACCAUUACCCCGCCCCAGUCUCCCGCCUUCCAUCACCCCGCCCCUUUCUCCCUCCUUCCAUCACCCCGCCCCAUUCUCCCUCCUUCCGUCACCCCGCCCCAUUCUCCCGCUUUCCAUCACCCCGCCCCAUUCUCCCGCUUUCCAUCACCCCGCCCCAUUCUCCCGCUUUCCAUCACCCCGCCCCAUUCUCCCGCUUUCCAUCACCCCGCCCCAUUCUCCCGCUUUCCAUCACCCCGCCCCAUUCUCCCUCCUUCCAUCACCCCGCCACAUUCUCCCUCCUUCCAUCACCCCCCCCCAUUCUCCCGCUUUCCAUCACCCCGCCCCAUUCUCCCGCUUUCCAUCACCCCGCCCCAUUCUCCCGCUUUCCAUCAUCCUGCCCCAUUCUCCCUCCUUCCAUCACCCCGCCCCAUUCUCCCGCUUCCAUCACCCCACCCCAUUCUCCCGCUUUCCAUCACCCUGCCCCAAUCUCCCGCUUUCCAUCACCCGGCCCCAUUCUCCCGCUUUCCAUCACCCCGCCCCAUUCUCCCGGGUUCCAUCACUCCGCCCCAUUCUCCCGCUUCCAUCACCCCGCCCCAUUCUCCCGCUUUCCAUCACCCGGCCCCAUUCUUCCACUUUCCAUCACCCCGCCCCAUUCUCCCUCUUUCCAUCACCCCGCCCCAUUCUCCCUCCUUCCAUCACCCCGCCCCAUUCUCCCGCUUCCAUCACCCCACACCAUUCUCCCGCUUUCCAUCACCCUGCCCCAUUCUCCCGCUUUCCAUCACCCGGCCCCAUUCUCCCGCUUUCCAUCACCCCGCCCCAUUCUCCCGCGUUCCAUCACUCCGCCCCAUUCUCCUGCUUCCAUCACCCCGCCCCAUUCUCCCGCUUUCCAUCACCCGGCCCCAUUCUUCCUCUUUCCAUCACCCCGCCCCAUUCUCCCACUUUCCAUCACCCCGCCCCAUUCUCCCUCCUUCCAUCACCCCGCCCCAUUCUCCCUCCUUCCAUCACCCCUCCCCAUUCUCCCGCUUCCAUCACCCCGCCCCAUUCUCCCGCUUUCCAUCACCCAGCCCCAUUCUCCCCUUUCCAUCACCCCGCCCCAUUCUUCCGCUUUCCAUCACCCCGCCCCAUUCUCCCGCUUUCCAUCACCCGGCCCCAUUCUCCCGCUUUCCAUCACCCCGCCCCAUUCUCCCGGGUUCCAUCACUCCGCCCCAUUCUCCCGCUUCCAUCACCCCGCCCCAUUCUCCCGCUUUCCAUCACCCGGCCCCAUUCUUCCACUUUCCAUCACCCCGCCCCAUUCUCCCUCUUUCCAUCACCCCGCCCCAUUCUCCCUCCUUCCAUCACCCCGCCCCAUUCUCCCGCUUCCAUCACCCCACACCAUUCUCCCGCUUUCCAUCACCCUGCCCCAUUCUCCCGCUUUCCAUCACCCGGCCCCAUUCUCCCGCUUUCCAUCACCCCGCCCCAUUCUCCCGCGUUCCAUCACUCCGCCCCAUUCUCCCGCUUCCAUCACCCCGCCCCAUUCUCCCGCUUUCCAUCACCCGGCCCCAUUCUUCCACUUUCCAUCACCCCGCCCCAUUCUCCCUCUUUCCAUCACCCCGCCCCAUUCUCCCUCCUUCCAUCACCCCGCCCCAUUCUCCCGCUUCCAUCACCCCACACCAUUCUCCCGCUUUCCAUCACCCUGCCCCAUUCUCCCGCUUUCCAUCACCCGGCCCCAUUCUCCCGCUUUCCAUCACCCCGCCCCAUUCUCCCGCGUUCCAUCACUCCGCCCCAUUCUCCCGCUUCCAUCACCCCGCCCCAUUCUCCCGCUUUCCAUCACCCGGCCCCAUUCUUCCUCUUUCCAUCACCCCGCCCCAUUCUCCCACUUUCCAUCACCCCGCCCCAUUCUCCCUCCUUCCAUCACCCCGCCCCAUUCUCCCUCCUUCCAUCACCCCGCCCCAUUCUCCCGCUUCCAUCACCCCGCCCCAUUCUCCCGCUUUCCAUCACCCAGCCCCAUUCUCCCCUUUCCAUCACCCCGCCCCAUUCUUCCGCUUUCCAUCACCCCGCCCCAUUCUCCCUCUUUCCAUCACCCCGCCCCAUUCUCCCGCUUUCCAUCACCCCGCCCCAUUCUACCGCUUUCCAGCGCCCCGCCCCAUUCUCCCUCUUUCCAUCACCCCGCCCAAUUCUCCCUCCUUCCAUCACCCCGCCCCAUUCUCCCUCCUUCCAUCACCCCGCCUCAUUCUCGCGCUUCCAUCACACCGCCCCAUUCUCCCUCUUUCCUGCACCCCUCCCCAUUCACCCGCUUUCCAUCAACCCGCCCCAUUCUCCCGCUUUCCAUCACCCCGCCCCAUUCUCCCGCUUUCCAUCACCCCGCCCCAUUCUCCCGCUUUCCAUCACCCCGCCCCAUUCUCCGGCUUUCCAUCACCCCGCCCCAUUCUCCCGCUUUCCAUCACCCCGCCCCAUUCUCCCGCUUUCCAUCACCCCGCCCCAUUCUCCCGCUUUCCAUCACCUCGCACCAUUCUCCCGCUUUCCAUCACCCCGCCCCAUUCUCCCGCGUUCCAUCACUCCACCCCAUUCUCCCGCUUCCAUCACCCCGCCCCAUUCUCCCGCUUUCCAUCACCCCGCCCCAUCCUCCCUCCUUCCAUCAACCCGCCCCAUUCUCCCGCUUUCCAGCACCCCGCCCCAUUCUCCCUCCUUCCAUCACCCCGCCCCAUUCUCCCGCUUUCCAUCACCCCGCCCCAUUCUCCCGCUUUCUAUCACCCCGCCCCAUUUUCCCGGUUUCCAUCACCCCGCCCCAUCCUUCCUCCUUCCAUCACCCCGCCCCAUGA